AUGAAGGCUGCCUACACCGCCUAUCGAUGCCUCACCAAAGAACUAGAAGGCUGCGCCAUGAACCCGGAGCUGACAAUGGAAAGUCUGGGCACUUUACACGGGCCGGCCGGCGGCGGCAGCGGCGGGGGCGGCGGCGGGGGCGGCGGGGGCGGCGGCGGGGGCCCGGGCCAUGAGCAAGAGCUGCUGGCCAGCCCCAGCCCCCACCACGCGGGCCGCGGCGCUGCUGGCUCACUGCGGGGCCCGCCUCCGCCGCCGCCGCCAACGGCUCACCAGGAGCUGGGCACAGCGGCAGCAGCAGCAGCGGCGGCGUCGCGCUCGGCCAUGGUCACUAGCAUGGCCUCAAUCCUGGACGGCGGUGACUACCGGCCGGAGCUCUCCAUCCCGCUCCAUCACGCCAUGAGCAUGUCCUGCGACUCGUCCCCGCCCGGCAUGGGCAUGAGCAACACAUACACCACGUUGACGCCGCUCCAGCCGCUGCCGCCCAUCUCCACCGUGUCGGACAAGUUCCACCACCCGCACCCUCACCACCACCAUCCACACCACCAUCACCACCACCACCACCACCAGCGCCUGUCGGGCAACGUCAGCGGCAGCUUCACUCUCAUGCGCGACGAACGCGGGCUCCCGGCCAUGAACAACCUCUACAGCCCCUACAAGGAGAUGCCCGGCAUGAGCCAGAGCCUGUCCCCGCUGGCCGCCACGCCGCUGGGCAACGGGCUGGGUGGCCUCCACAACGCGCAGCAAAGCCUGCCCAACUACGGGCCGCCUGGCCACGACAAAAUGCUCAGCCCCAACUUCGAUGCGCACCACACUGCCAUGCUGACCCGCGGUGAGCAGCACCUGUCUCGGGGCUUGGGCACCCCGCCCGCGGCCAUGAUGUCGCACCUCAAUGGCCUGCACCACCCAGGUCACACUCAGUCCCACGGGCCGGUGCUGGCACCCAGCCGCGAGCGUCCACCCUCGUCCUCGUCGGGCUCGCAGGUGGCCACAUCUGGCCAGCUGGAGGAGAUCAACACCAAAGAGGUGGCCCAGCGCAUCACCGCCGAGCUGAAGCGCUACAGCAUUCCGCAGGCGAUCUUCGCGCAGAGGGUGCUGUGCCGGUCUCAGGGGACUCUCUCCGACCUGCUCCGGAACCCAAAACCGUGGAGUAAACUCAAAUCUGGCAGGGAGACCUUCCGCAGAAUGUGGAAGUGGCUGCAGGAGCCGGAGUUCCAGCGCAUGUCCGCCCUCCGCCUGGCAGCAUGCAAACGCAAAGAGCAAGAACCAAACAAAGACAGGAACAAUUCCCAGAAGAAAUCCCGCCUGGUGUUCACCGACCUCCAACGCCGAACACUCUUUGCCAUCUUCAAAGAGAACAAGCGCCCGUCGAAAGAGAUGCAGAUCACCAUUUCCCAGCAGCUGGGCCUGGAGCUCACCACCGUCAGCAACUUCUUCAUGAACGCCCGGCGCCGUAGCCUGGAGAAGUGGCAGGAUGACCUGAGCGCGGGGGGCUCCUCGGCCGCCUCCAGCACGUGUACCAAAGCGUGA